AUGUCUUAUACUCAUCUAUUGUCUUAUGCUACGUGUUUCCUCACUCUGGGAGCACAAUCACUUGCAGCUCCUGCUUCUAGGUCUACUGAGGCUGAGCUAGCCUUCGAUGCUCUUCAAACCUAUUACAAUACUUCCAGUGGACUCUGGUCGACGACAGGAUGGUGGAAUAGCGCGAAUUGCUUAACUACGGCUGGACAGCUCGCUGCCAUUGAUCGGAAUAUACUGCCCACAGCUGAAGCUGUUUUCUCAAAUACUUUUGCAGAGGCUCAGAAGUUCAACCUCGGCACAUUGAAAGUCGUGAAAGCCGACUUCAACAUAGAGACAAUGUCAGGACCCCCGGCACUGGCUGAUAUAAAUACUCUGGCCCAGACUAAUCCAAAAGGGUUUCUUAACGACUAUUACGAUGAUGAGGGUUGGUGGGCUCUGGGCUGGAUUCAAGCAUUUGAUGUCACUCAAAACGAGGAAUAUCUUGAUACAGCUGUCGACAUAUUUAACGAUAUGGCGAAGGGAGCCACUACGCCGUGUGGAAAUCAAAACCAGCCUAUAUGGUGGGACAAAAAGAAGACAUACGUAAACGCAAUAGCAAACGAACUCUAUCUCUCAGUGGCAUCACAUCUCGCCAACAGGAUCCCAUCCAACGGAACAUAUCUCACCUCUGCUCAGAACCAGUGGAAAUGGUUCCAAGAAAGCGGCUUGAUCAAUGCCCAAAACACAAUCAACGAUGGUCUCACAACUGCCUGUAAGAACAACAACGGAACGGUAUGGUCUUACAAUCAGGGCGUCAUUCUCGGCGCACUCGUUGAACUCUCCAAAGCAACAGGCAAUCCCUCACUUCUCGACACCGCCGCCACAAUAGCCACCGCAGCUAUCAAAGCACUCUCUGAUGAAGACGGCAUCCUACACGAUGUUUGCGAGCCAAAUUGCGGAGCAGAUGGCGCUCAAUUCAAAGGCGUAUUCAUGAGGAAUCUUCGUCUGCUACAAAAUGAGGCGCCAGAUGAUGAAAUCGAGAAAUUCAUAGGUGCAAACGCUGCCAGUAUUUGGAAGUAUAAUAGGGCAAGUGAGGCUGCUCGUUCGAAUCUGCUUAGUGUGGUAUGGAGCGGUCCGUUCAUUGCACCUGCAAAUGCAAGUACGCAGAGCUCAGCAUUAGAUGCAUUAGUUGCGGCGCAGGCUUUGGGUGUGUUGCCCAGUAACGGGUUCUCAAUCGCUAGUCGUCGUAGAAAAUGA